CCGGCCCGGCCUACCCGCCGGGGUUGCUAGGGCGGCGGCGCCAUGCCCCCGCGCGCGCUCGUGUUGCUGCGCUUCGGCCUUUCCCGGCGCUGCGGACAACUGGCGCACUGGACCGGCCGCCUGCGGGGCCUGCAAGCUGUGCUGGAAGCAGAUGGACAUCAAGUUAUCCUAGAAGAGAUACCAGACUGGAAUGUUGUAGAACUCGUAGUGAAUGGCGAAACUGUGCUCCAGUGCAAUAUUAAAGACCUCAACUUCGGAGGUGAUGGCAAGUUGGAUCCACUUUGUGAAGAAGCCAGAGUAGCAGUGCUGAAUGCCUAUUGAUUAUCAGGCACAUUUCCUCUCUGUCCCUGGAUUAUAUAGACUAAUUGUAAUAAUCUUACAAGGUAUCAGAUGUCAGACUACAUGUAGUUCUAUACAUUUUCAUAUCUCGUAGCAGGUUUCUACAUAACUGCAUUGAAUAUUGCCAUGUGUGAAACAAGAAUACUGUCUUCUUACAGAACUAACUAUAUACUUACUUAUGAUUCCCACAAGUUUCUAAUACAUUUAUGUACAUCAAAAAAGUAUUCUAGCUUCUUUUCUAUAACUCUUAGAUGGCUAAUAUGUGUUGUUUUACAGAAAUCAUGAGAACCCACUUCCUAAAUUAAGACUAAUUUAGAAUUAAGGCUAAAUUUAACUACACUGUCAUGCAGUCAACUGGCUGGAUUUAUUUUUAGAA